UUCUGUUUUGGUCAGUCAGCAGUUGAUUUUCAGCCCGAUUGGUAUUGGAUUGUCCUUUUUGAGAAUAACGGAAAAUAAACAAGUCCCACUCAAUUAAAUUUCAUUCAAUUUUGUGGGCAAAAUAGAACAAGAAAAAUUGUUGUUUAGUGCUAAUAAAUUUGUGGAACCUAACCAUAUAAAUAAUAUUUAAAAAAAAAAACACAAAACAUAAGAAAGUGCUUCAAUUGUGAAGAAGGAUAAUAAAUAUUUAUUCUCAUCCAACUUGUUCCUGUGCGAAGGUCAAGUUCAAAAAAACGAUUUGGCGGUUAAAAUUGUUUGCUUUUGAAAAUAUCCUGCAGAAACAUAAUAACGGAUUUAAAAAUAAAGUCAAACAACAGAAUUGUGACUUAAAAGUGAGAUUUAGUGGAAAUUAGACAAAGAAUAAAAUAGAGUGACAAAACACCAAGAGUGACACAGAGUGAGGGAGAGUGACUUUUUUUAGUGAAACACAAAUUAAUAAAAAAAAACUUUCAAAAUUCCUCGAAUGGCAGCUAAACGUAAAGCAUCCGUGCUUUUGCAUAAGUGGACUUUGAUGUUUUGUUGGGCCUUGGCAGAGGCAUGUGCAGAGCUGAAGAAGUUAGCCGGAACAAUCAGUAACAAACGAAACAAAAUAGAGCCUCCGUUACAAACAGCACCAGUACCCGAUACAGCAUCCGAUGUAAAUCCUGACGAUCCAUAUGCAGGUCUUAUGAAAGAUGCUGAUAAACUUAAGCUUAUGUUGCUGGCGUGGAAUUAUCAAAAUUCCAAUGCUGUACGCAAUGGAACAGAAGGACCUGAUUUGGGAGUUGUUGGUGGUCUUUGGGCUCAAUAUCAAAACGCGUUGGCACAAAAUGUUAACAAAAUGGAAUCAUCCAUAUCACCAAUUCCACGAGUGGAAGAAUCUUCGCCAAUGGAAACUCAAGAUGAGACCAAUUCUUCGGGUCAAAAAGACGAAGACGAGGGCUCUGAGGAUGAUUCCGAUGAUAAAUUAGACACACAAGCUCAUGAUCCGGAAAGAUUAAAGGCAUUUAAUAUGUUUGUUCGUCUAUUUGUGGAUGAAAAUCUCGAUAGAAUCAUUCCGAUAUCAAAACAACCAAAAGAGAAGAUUCAAGCAAUUAUCGAUUCUUGUGCUAGACAAUUUCCGGAAUUCAGUGAACGCUCCCGAAAACGCAUCAGAACUUAUUUGAAGUCUUGCCGUCGCAAUAAGAAAGCCAGAGAGGGAUGGGACAAUACUACCCGUCCAACUCCUGCUCAUCUAACAUCUGUUCAAGCUGAGCAAAUUCUAGCAAUUGCCUGUGAAAAUGAAAGUAUGAAUGCCAAACGUAUGCGUAUUGGACUGGAUCCAAUAACGCAGGCAAUUCCACUCACCUCAACUACAAGUUCCACAAGCACUGCUGUAACUAGUGAUGCACCCAGUACUUCUACAACAUUUACAAGUGGAUUCCGUUCGACACCGAAUCCAAUAACUUCAGAAACUGACAUAAUGGCACCGAUAACAACAUCAACACAAGGUGCCAGUUCUUCUGCCCGCAGUUCACCCUUGGCUCUGAGUACCACAUCAGUGGUGGGAGGACAGUCUAUGGUUGGUGGUGCAGGAAGCACUUUGGCGAAUGGUAAUACAACAGUGACAAGUGUUGGAGGUGGAGCUGUUCCGACCUCAUCACCACUUUAUCGCCCCACAGAUUUUACUUCACCAUCAUCCACAUCCCCAUAUGCAAGAACACCAGCCUACCCUAGCUAUUUUCCUGCGGCUAAUGCUACUCCAACUGAUUUAUCAAUGAAACCAUCAACGGUACAACAACCCACUCAAUCGAUAACAUCUACUGCUGCAGCAACUUCAUCAUCGCUUAGUCCGAAUGCACGUCCCCCACCCCCUCUAGUCACGCAUAAGCUAAGCGCCAAUGAAAUAACAGCCGCCAGGCAAGUGAUAACAGCAUAUCGAGAAAGUGCGGCCUUUCUCCUACGAACAGCUGAUCAAGUCGAACAACUUCUAGUUCAACAGCAGUAAGCAUCAGUAGAACCAGAAGAAGACGACUUGAACGCUAAAAGCGAUGCGACGGACGGGCCUGAGAAACUAUACUAAUAACACAAAACAAACACAAACAAAAAAAAAUAAAAAAUUGUUCACUGUUCCUAAUCCAAAGAACAAACAAAAUAAAAUUACAAAAACAAAACUAUUUUCGUGUUUUCAUAAAAAGUCUUAAAUAUAAAACAUAAAUAUAACAAAAUAAAAACAAACAAAAAUUAUACUUGUAAAGUAGACAAAAAAAAAAGAAUUUAAGAUUAUAAAUGGCUUUUAGUCUAUAAGUUUUAAAAAUAAAAUUAAAAAAAAAAGAAAAAAAAAACAAAUUGUGAAAAAAUUAAAGUUAUAAAAUUUUAAACUACAACACAGGGUGAUACACAAACAAAAUUAUAUUAAAAAAAUUAAAACAAAAUUGAAGCAUACAUAAAAGGUUAAAUAUUUAAAAAGUAGAUAUAAAAGCUUUUUUAUGAAUACAUUGUACAUUUUUUAUUAUAGGUAGGUUAUUUGUUGUAAAUUAUAAAAAUAAAAACAAACAUUUCCAAAAUUUAUUUUCUUGGCUUACAAAAAAGUUAACUAAAUCAGGGCAUUUCUAUCAAAAUUAGCAGCUUAAUAUUUCUACUUUUUAAACCUUAUACCUUUUAUGUAUGCACCUAAACCGAUUUAUGGAAAAAAGUACUAAUUAAGUUACACAAACAAAAUUAAAAACAAAAAAAACUAUAAUGGCGAAAGAUAUUAAGAAAAAAAAAAAACAAAACAAAAUAAAACAUUUAGAUACAAAUAUAUAUAUAUAAAAAUUAAGAAAUAAGUAAAACAAAAGUUUAUCUUUAUUGCGAAAUACUCUAUAAUCUCAACGGAAAAACAAAUAAAAUAAAUAAAAAUGAACAAAAAAAUAAAAUAAAUACUGAAAUGUGUUUCUCUUUUUCAAGGCAUAAAGAUAAAUGUAGCCAGU